GGUUGAGGAUAAGCUGGUCGAGAACCUAAACGGUUACGUGGAAAAACUAAAGAAAAAGCUGCACAUAUUGGAGCAGUAAGUAUAUGAUAAAGUUCCCUAACAAUUAUUUAUCCUUGAUCUCCUUACAUAUCUCUAAAAACUAUGAACUCCGAGCAUUACCAAAUGAAUAAUAACUAUGAAACGUACUUGGGAAAUCCAGUUAACAGCUUUCGUCUGUUACAUCGGCUACAUACGGAUUGGAGGAAGUGGCAUCAUUAUAGCUUAAAUAAUAACAAGGAUGAAUUAGAACACAUUGAUAAGUCCCAUAAAAUGCGAACGAUGUUACCCACAUCUUUAGAUUUGGAACGGGCCUGUCGCGGCAUCGAAGACCUAAUUUCCUUUUAUGACCUAAAACCAGAUGAUCUGGCAGAAGGUUAUUUGGCAGGAUUCUUAAUGCCAGAAACAGCACUGUCAGCCCGAGAUUGCUAUGCGCUGGGCGAGUUCUGCAUAAACAAUCGAAGGGAAGAUCGGGCGGAGGCUUGGUUCAACAUCUCCUUAAACCAAUUCACUGACCAAAAACUCCUGCACGGGGUCAAUCAUUUUAGCAGGUACUCUGUUCAAAAGUCCUGGGCAGUACUCCUGAUGAAGAACCAAGAAACUCCUGACGCUAUUUAUGACUUUGGGGAACCACCAAAGGAUCAUCUCUCCCAAUGGAUUUAUGAGGAGGUGGUCACCAAGCGAAACUGCCGCGCUACUUUCCGUCAACCCAGUCGACUCCACUGCCGCUACAACAGUUCCACGACGCCCUUCACAUUGAUUGCCCCACUGAAAAUGGAGGAGCUAAGCUUCGAUCCUUACAUGGUGGUGUACCAUGAUGUUAUCUACGAAAGUGAAAUCAAUUGGCUGCUUAAUACAAGCGAGUUCUCCUUAUCCCUGGUGGAUAAUGCUGCUAUGUCGGAAUUCCGAGCCUCCAAGGACUCAACCAUUAGGUUACCCCAAGGCAUAGUAGUUGAAACACUUGGCCAACGAGUGACGGACAUGACCGGUCUCAGUAUGGAGAACAGCGAUGAAUUCUCCCUGAUAAACUACGGCUUGGGUGGCCACUAUGUGUUGCAUACCGAUUACCACAACUACAUGAAUCAAACUCGAUGGGAAAAAGGGGAUCGCAUGGCCACAGUUUUGUUUUACGUAAGUCAGCAGAGAUAAAGAUUCAUUAAGUAUACUUAUAAGGGUGGUGCCACCAUUUUCCCGAUGAUCAAUAUAUCCGUUACGCCCAAGAAGGGAUCGGCGGUCUUCUGGCACAAUCUUCAUAACUCUGGUGCUAUGAAUUUCAAGACCCUGCACUCGGGCUGUCCGGUGAUAGUUGGCUCCAAAUAUGGUAAGAGUAAAUUUAAGUUUUCGAUUGAAUCACAUGAUAUUUUCUUAUAGUGCUCACAAAGUGGAUAAACGAGCUACCGCAAUUGUUUUUCACUCCAUGCAUAAAAAAUAAAAAAACCAAAGGAAAGUAAACUUAUUCCUUCAUGUUGCAAUUUACAUGUAAUACAAUAUUUAGAAAAUAUAGAAAUAAAGCGGAUUCAUUUAAUAUCA